AUGAAUCUGCGAUACUUCCUCAAGAACAGCAAAGUAACAACACUACACUGCAAUGAAUUUUUGCGUAAAUCUAGCUUCACAUCAUAUCUUUAACAGAAUGGCUGGGAUGCAAGCAGUUCCACUGCGGUAUAUUCGCAAAUUAAGCAUACUAAAUGUCCCAGGAAGGGAAUCAGUUCAACUUUCGUAAGCGAUCUCGACGUACGUUCAAAGAAGCAACAUUUUCCGAAAAGGGGUUCGACAGCGAGUUUGGCAACGAAAAGCAUUGUUGCCAUGUUAUCAACCGAAUCAAGUGACAGUGGUGCGCUGAACCUUUCCGACAACGAUUAUAAACACUCGAAAUCACUGGAUCAAUCGCAGUAUUGGACAAGUGGUGAGAAUGCGCUCAGUGAGCACUCGCUCUACGAAACGCAAUCGAGCCAGGAUGAUGAGAAUUUUUUCACAUCCAAGGAAUUGUUGCCAAAGUGCUUUGAUGUACUUAAAGAUAUCGUUAUGUUGGAGCGUACGGCAGUUUCCGAUUUGAAAAUCCUUUCCGAGGACUUUUACCAGAUAUUCUGUGAGAGAAUUUUCUCAUGCGGACGGACUGCGGUGGACUUCUUUGGUGAUUUGAAAUAUCUUUAUCGAUUUCAUUAUGAUCACCUCAGCGCACUGGAAGAGCUCAUCAAGAAUUGGAAGAGCGGUAUGGAUAACACAAAUACUGAACAACCUAAAAUUGGCGACACACUUUUAUGUUCCGUUGACGGUGCACUGCAACAUUACCGAGUGGUUUCUGCUGCAAAGUGGUUUCUGUUGCAAGGUGGUUUCUGUUGCAAAAUGGUUUCUAUUGCAAUGUGGGGUCUGUCGUAA